AAAGACAUAAAGGAAGCAGCGCCAUAUUGUAUUUAGAGACAUUUUUGUUUUCUAAAAGAUCGGAUUAUGAUGGGACCUACCGAGCCUUUAGGUUUGUAUAUAUUUGUUUAUGCUGUUACGUUAGAGAAUUGGUAAUAUUUUGAUUUGUAAAUAAUAAAUUGUUGAUCUAUAUAAUAUAUUUCUGCGAUGGUAUAUGAACUGGGGAUGAACUACGUUUCGUUCGCCGGUAUUUAAAGUCCGCAAAGAAAAAUAAUUCGCCACAAAUGUCCCACGGUAAUUAGAACCAACUUUAGAGUAACAAAUGAUCUUUGAGAGGCUUUAACGGGGAUUUUUGUGAUUUCUUCUCUGAAUACUGCAAAACGAUUUCUUACUUUUAGGUUCACUUUUAAUAGAUCAGACAAUAUUCUCGUAUACACAAGACAAUGUUUUGAUGUCAAAAUGAGAAAUAGAAUUACUGAUCGAUACAUUUCAAUAUAUAAAUGAGUAGAAUUUUAUGUUAUUUCAGAAUCUUUGGUUUGUGUGUUAAUCAAAACAUGAGAAUACUGCGUUUUGUUGAUUGAAUAAUUGAUGUAUAAAGUCCGGCACAGACGUGUACCAACUCCUCAUUUAUAUUUGUUUUUCAUAGCAUCUGGUGUGAUUGCUUACAAUGGCGACUCAGAACGCGGAUGGAAUGACCCUCCAACAAUAUCAUUCAAUACAUUGACUGGCUCAAAGAAAGGACCAAAACUAGACCUAAGAAAACGAGUAUCGCAUCAAGAAGCCUUGACAGGUCGAAGAGUAACAUCUCCGCUAAAUCAAAGCCCACCAAAUUUAUAUAAGCAAGGAAAUAAUUUAUCUAACGGUACGAAAUGAUUCUUUAUACUUCUGAAUUUUGAGACAAUAUUACCCUCACAAGAAUAUUUGCGUUGAUCUAGUGUUUAUGUGUUUCAUAGUUACGGUUUACUAUAAGACGCCCCCACACACUAGGAUGAUAAUAAGUAAAAAGCUAGAUUAUUCUUUUCAAAAAUAUUUAUAGUCUGUAGUGGAUGGUUGUUUUAAUGAUCGUCUAGAGUCGCGAUGUCUGUUGAUUAUUAGAAUUUUAACAUUUGACAACUUUCUGUCUUGGCCUGACCUGUUAAUUAUGACAACGUGCAAUCCAGACAUACUUUCUUUAAUUUAUUCGCUCUGGUACACAAUACAGGAGACAUGUUAGUUACUUCUUAAUAAAUAUUAAAUGCCUUUCCUGUUGACAUUUAAAAUGAACUGUAUUAGUGUGUUACCCAAAGUGUCUAAUGCCAAAUGAUUUUAUUCACAAUCUAAAGCCUGCUGCACCACAGAUGAUAGAUUAUACCAGAUCAAUCACUGUGUAUCUAUCCCUAUGAUUUUCGUGUCCGCGAUUUUCGCGAGUCUAUGACGCGUGCAACACUUACUGCCAAAAUGGCGCUUACUGCCAAAAUGUGUGAAUUAUACUUACUGCCAAAAUGGUGGCCAAUGCGUGUUCAUAAAAAAUCGCGGACACAAUUUUGGCUGAGUGAUUCAUCUGAUAUUAUCUAUCAUCUAUGGCUGCACACAAGAGAAACUUGCUGAGCUAACUGCGCAUGCCUUGCAUGAUGACUAGCUGGCUCAGCAUGUUUCUCUCAAGGCCUUGAGGAAAAUAUAUAUUGUGUUUGAUAUUUUUCACCUCAACAUAUGUGGAUGUUGUGGCUUAGGGAAAGUACAUUUAUUACACCGAGGGAGGGGGAUGAAGAUGUCUUGAAAAAAACUCAUAUUUUUACAGGGCCCCUGUUGAGGUUAUCGAUAAAUUUCGAUGCCCCCCCCUCCAAGUUUUUAAAAUUUUCAAUGCCCCUCUAGAAUUUGGAAUCGAAGGAGUACAAUCCGGAAUUCUACGGGAGAAACGGGGGUAUUUCUGGCGUUUUCUAAAGCAAAUUUCGCAAACAACUUGCAUGUAAAUUGACUGUAUUUUACAAAAAUGGUUAUCAUUUCACAAAAAUAAUUACUUUAUUAUGCAAAUUUUACCUGAAAAUGUAAAAAUUUUAACUUUAAUUUGCUGGGGUCAAACCUUUGAAAAGUUUAGAGCCCCCCCCUUCAGUAUAUCAAGAACUUUCAGAGCCCCCCCUUUAAUGCCAGAAAAUAUUUCGGAGCCCCCCCCUUAACAUCUUCAUCCCCCCCUUAACAUCUUCAUCCCCCCCCCUCGGCAUAAUAAAUGUACUUUCCCUCAGUGCUGAGCUGCUUGAAUUAACUAACCAAUGACAAGCCAUAGUCUCUUCACAUCGUGACAAUGGAGGGUAACAACACAGAAGGCAGACUUCUUGGUUUUUCCUGUGAUUUUCCUAUGAUUUUGGCGUAAUCCGUAAUUCGUCAUCAAAUGCUGACACCAUGGUCCUAGCCAGUGCGUGUUUGAGAGGCAUUCACCCCCCUGAUAAUAUUCAAAAUGGUGGACGUCCAAGGGGGAUGCCUCUCAAACACGCACUGGCUAGGACCAUGGCAUCAGCAUUUUGACGAUGAAUCAUGGCGUGGCAGCGGUUACUUGAGUCGACGUUCUGUGUGCCUUAUUCUGUGGUAACAAUCCCAUCAAUGACAUUGCUUUCACAAUGUGUGUGGUGAAAAUACAUAGCUGAGCUAACUGCACAUGAGGCAGUAGGUUUUUUUGCAUGUGCAGCAAGCUUAAUUCAAGUACCAAACAUACAUGUUCUGUCUUAAAGUCCUAAUUUUUUUCUUAUUUUCAAUAAACAGGUUUAUCAAACCUUACUCUGUGCCAACAACCACAAUCCCAACAUACUCCACCAAAUGUACCACCUGACUCUCCUUGCCAUAGUAGACAUUCUAGUGGCACAUAUACACCACCAUUAUUACCUGAUGCUAAAGGUUAUGGUUUGAUUCCACCUUGUAUCCCAGGUCAGCCACCAUGUGGCAAUAAUGUGCAAGUUCCUUCCACAAAGUCUGCUCCACCCAAGAUUUUUUCACCAGUGGGUGCUACAUUGGAAUCAGAUCCUAGUAUCAUCCACCCCCUGGCUCACAAAUCUGGCACUACCCCACCAACACAGCUCCCGCCAGUAACAACAGAACCACCAUCAAAUCUUGGUAAACCACUGUUUUCCUUUCCAAGCAGUUUCAAUAUGGUACCAAUUUCUAGUGCUUUAGAUACGAGCCAUGUUCGGUCAAAUCCUGUUAUUUCACCAGACACUUUUCCCCAAACUGUUGACAGUGCAAACACCGAUCAGAUGCCUAGUUUUCAAAGUACAAACAUGGUUAAACAAGGUACUUUAAUUUUUACACCAUCUCCAACUAGUGCUGACAGUGGUGCAACAUUACUUAUGAGUACUGUGGGAAAAAGAAGUCCUAUACUUAACAGGGCUUAUCAGAAUGGCAAUGGUCACAAACAUUACACACCACCACCUGUGAAUGGUAGUGGUAGAAAUUCCCCAGUUGUCUCUCCAGUUCUAGCACCAAGUAUGAAUAGAUCACCAGUAUCAACACCAACAAGUGGUCACAGUGCAUCCAGUACACCAAGAAGCUCAACCCCUGAUAAUGGAUAUCACUCUGAACAUGCCAGUCGACACAACAGUGAAGAUUUUGAUAGUGAAGAAGGAAUGAAAGUGACAGUUGCAGCUAUUGAAGAAAUAAUUAUAAAAUGUAGUAAUAUUUUGAAGGUAUUUAAUUCAUUUUAGUAUAUAAAGUAAUAUAGUACUUUAUAGAGAUUUCAAGCACUGAUAAAACUGAAAAUCUCACAUGUGAAAAUUAUCGCUUUUUAAUUAUCACUUUUCUGUAAAAAUUAUCGCUUUUCAAAGACUGUCCUUUAUAUAAUAAACAGAAAAAUACAUGGAUGCUUGGAAAGACCAUAUUUAUUUCUCAUGUUGAACAUGAUAUCAUGUUCAACACUCGAAAUAUAUAAAUCUGGUAUUUCCGCGCACCCAUGUAUUAUUCUUUGAUAAUUUUUGUUCAUAAUGAGUUUUUUCUGCAAAGAAAUACUGUAGUACUACUGUUUACCUGUUUUCAAUACAUUGUAUGCUGCUUGGUGAUCUCCACCUUGUUUUGUUUGCUGUCUUAUUGAAUGUAAAAAGAGAAAAUAGCAUCAUUUGUUUUUAGUAGUAAUAAUAUUUAAUCAUGAAACGUUUUCAUUCACAAAAUGUUUUUCAAAAUGUUUUGUCUUUUGCAGGCACGAGAGGUAGAAGAUGUUAAAAAGAAAGUGGGAAUCAUGAAACAACUAUGGAUUGAUGGGAAACUGUCUGUUCCUGUUCAAAUAACUAUGAAGUUAUUGACUAAAGGUAAUGUAAUGAAAACACAAGAUCAGUUUUCUGCAUUUCCAGCAACAAUUAGAAGGUGGACCACAAUGAACUACAUACAGUAUACCCACAUGUGUCUAUAACAAGAACAAAGGAUUAAUGAUUUGUCAACAGUACAUAUUUACAAAAUACAACUUCUAAAGAGACCACACUUUUAUUUACUCGUUUGUUGCUUUUCAAUUCUAGUACUGUUGGAUGGUGAUACUGAAACUGCUCAUAAACUUCAUCUUAAACUUAUGGUAGACUAUGUUGGAGAGGUAGGUAUUGAUUGAUUCACACUAGAACUAAUUUUAAAAUUUUGCUGUUAUUUAUAGCACAGUAUAAACUAUAAUAUUAAACUAAAUAAAUAUAGUGCGAUCAUGUACAAUAUUGAGGGUAAAACAGUUAUAACAGCACUGUGUAGUUCUAAUUCUUUAAUGCGACCAAGUGAUAACCAUGCUGCAUGAUUUAAAGACCUCAUUUGGAAACAUGUUAAAUUCUGGCUUUGAUCUGUUCCUGUAUACAGACUACAGACACAGAUACGAAGCCCAAUGACUUUUUCAAGAGUAAAAUCACAUGGCACUCUGGCUUUAGUAAUGUAAAUGAAUGGUAAAAAGCCUUACAGUAAUUUCCAAAUUAACCAAAUUUAUGACUACAAACCACCCAAUCGCAUAUACUUUAAGUCCUAACCUGACAUAUACAGUAACAUUUUUGUAAAAUGGGGCAAAUAAGCCAAUUCUUCUUUUCAUGAUUGGCUCGUCCCCUACUUUGGCUACUUUGGCUACUUUGGAUAACUUGUAUAUACCUAGCAUACAGUAUAACAAAAGUAACUAGGUAUUAGAUUUAUAUAUACGUUGAGAAAUUACUUUUGCGCAAAAAUAAUUCUGAUGUUGGGGAACUUUUUUGAUUCUGUACAAAAAAGAUACAAAGUUUCGAACUAACGGAAAUUAUUCUGAUGAAUCAGUUUCGAACGGAAAUUAUUGUAUAUGGAAAUUAUUCUGAUGUGUACGGAAAUUAUUCUGUGACGUCAUUUUUCUGUGACGAAAAUUAUUCUGUGACGUCAUUUUCAUACAUUUAUAUGGAAAAGUCACCUUUACAUGGUUGAUGGUAGCUUAAUUCGACAUAAUACAAAUGAUCCUUCUCUUUAGGUUAAACAGUGGAUGGUUGCCAUCAAAAGAUUAAUUUUAGCAGUGGGGAAUAUUAAUACUCCUGUUUCAUAGUGAAUAUAUAUUAUGUACUGUUUAAUAAACGAGCAGGAAUGUUUUAUUAAUAUUAGGUUUAAAGUCACGAGCGCGCAGCGUUGAGUGGCUUUAGACCUAAUAAAACACGACCUGCGAGUUUAUUAAACGGCUUCAAACACGACUACAAAUUCAUAUAUACUAACACAAUCACACGACUACAAUAGAUACUACCUUAUUUGUAUUCUUUAUAUAAAGAAUACUAAUUAGGAAUGUUUUAUCAGGUUUAAAGCCACUGCACGUGACAUGCAUAUUAUGGUAUACAUGAUUUGCCAAUAAGCUUAUGAAUUAUUAAUGAGUGUUUGAAAAUUUAUAUAAUAUUAUAUAUAUAUACCUAUAAAAUUAUUAUAUAUUGUAAGAUGACAAAUAUUUUAACUAUAUCCUCAAAUAAUUGAGGUUUACUAUAUAUUAAAAAUAAGUUGACCACUAUAUUGAAAUGCAAUUUCAAACUGUGCAAAUGUAUUCAAUUCUUAAUUCAAUUUAAUUAUUUGACCAAAGACUCAAAGUCUACACUCAGUAGCCUCUAUUAAUAAUUAUAUAUAUAAGCUGUACAUAUAAAAAUGAGGUAUAUGAAUUAGCAUGUUAAAUACGGACAUAAAAAGUUUGAAAUUGCAAUUUAAUAUAAUGGUGUAUGUAUAUGUUAAAUUGAGUGAAUUGGAACGAGCUAGAUGUUUAGUCUGCUACAACUUUCUGGAACUUUGGCUAUAUAGAACCUCAUUUUCGUGGACGCGAUAUUAGUUAAAGCAUAACGUGUCAAUCACAAAAACGAGGUUAUAUGGCCAAGAUGACGUACUGUACUUUCCAGAAGCGUGUAUUGAUUAGACUAUUUAAUAUGUUAUAAAAGUAGGUUAGUUGUGAAUAUUAACGUUGUUAUUAACAAAAUUACUGAACAGUGCCAGAAUUACUUGGCAAAAUAUUGAUGAUUACCGCUCUUGAGUUGCUGCAAAUACCAGUCCUCAAAAUUGCACCUCCCGAGUGUUCGCCACUACAUUUUGUUCACAAACAUGAAUAAGAAUCCGUAGUUAUAGGAUCGUACUUAUACGACGUUAUUCUGGUUCACAACACUCAACAGUAUUUUAAUAAAUUCAUAUACAAAUGUAAGUAAUAAAUUUUAGUAUUAUAUUUCUUUUAGUAUUAUAUUUCUUUUAGUAUUAGUUCUGUGUGUUAAACAAUAUGUAUAUUUGGUGAACAUUUGCCUUGGUGUGAAGCGACAAAACUGGUAGUAUAUAGUUGCGACUGUAUUUUAUCAAUAUAGUUAAUAAAUAUAUAUUAGUAAUUUAGUAUUAGAUCUAAAGUAACGUAAAAAAUGUGAAUCAAAAUAUUUACAUUAUAUUUUACUUACAAUUGUGUAA